UUUGUUGUGAUUUCGAGGUUCGCUCCUCGCGUGCUUUAAAAUGCAGUCGAAUAACGAUAGGUUCCACGGCAAGAAUGGAUCACCUGGCCGGAAUAAAGGCGCACAGAGAGGUGGAAAAUCGCGAAAGGGCGGCAAAGGGAAAAGUUUCUUUCGUGAUGUACCGGAAAGUGAGAAGAGGAAAAACUUUCAGCCUCGUGGCGAUGAGACCGGAUCCGCUUCAAAACGUGCCGGAGUUCCGGGUGUGAAGAGGAACAACUUCUUCAAACCAAAACCGAAUGCCCAUCAACAUAAACCCGGCGGUCAGAGCGGUAACCAGCAUGGAAAAGGCCACUACAAGCACGCCAGUAAAGCGUAUUCAAAAGAUCAGGCAAAAGGCGGCGGACGGGAACAAGAACGGUCCAACGGCAACAAAAGGCAUCUCCGGGACCGAGAUGACCGCUCUGGCCGUGAUGGUGGAGGUGGAAAUAGAAAAGGAGGAGGACCACCGGAGGGCCAGCGAUCGGAACGUUCCGCACCUUCACUAAAGCAACCGACCGGAAAUGAGCAGCUGUUUAGCUGUAAACCGGAGAAGCUCAACUAUUGCCUGGCGCCGGAGCGUCUCGAGGCUCAGGCACAAGCCUCGAAGCACUUUGAACGGCUGGAACGGGAGAAAGAGUUUCAGCGCCGCAAUGAAGAACGCAAACGACACCACCAGCUCAUGACGAAGAAGACACGCAAAGGACAACCGGUGAUGCAGGGCCGGAUGGAGUUGCUGUUCGAGAAGAUACAGAAAAGUAUGGGUCCGGCAUAAAGUGGAGACAAAACUGUGACACAAAUAAACCAACAAAUCUAACCACAGUGUUUU